CUGUCAGCAAAGCCUGGGAGGGUUCCAGCUCCUCCCUCCCUGCUCUGCUCAAUUUCACUCGCAUCUCAGUCUUCUCCCAGCCCUAGGUACCCUGGCAGUGCCGUCCCAGCCCUGGCAUCCUGAGGUGCUCCUGUGGUGAGGACUUGAGUGGACAGAAGGAGGGGGUGGAUAGGAAGGGAGGGCUUGCCCUGCAGGCUCUCUGGAUGCAGAGCUGGACUCGCUGCAGAGGCAGCUGUGCUGUUGCCGGAGACUGGUUUCUGGGGUGCAUCCAUCUCACAGGGUUCACCUAGGCAGGCUCCAAGGUCCAGAGGCACACGAGGUGGGUGCCAUCCCUUCUGGGUGCUGACCGAAGAAUCUGCCUCACCUUUACCAUUAUGAGUGGUUGCUCCAAAAGAUGCAGGCUCGGGUUCGUGAAAUUUGCCCAGACCGUCUUCAAACUCAUCACCGGGACCCUCAGCAAAGACAUCGCCUGGUGGUAUUACCAGUAUCAGAGAGACAAAAUUGAGGAUGAGCUAGAGAUGACCAUGGUUUGCCACCGGCCUGAAGGACUGGAACAGCUUGAGGCCCAGACGAAUUUCACCAAGAGGGAGCUGCAAGUCCUUUACCGAGGAUUCAAAAAUGAGUGCCCCAGCGGUGUGGUCAACGAAGAAACAUUCAAGCAGAUCUACUCUCAGUUUUUCCCUCAUGGAGAUGCCAGCACAUAUGCCCAUUACCUCUUCAAUGCCUUUGACACCACCCAGACAGGCUCUGUGAAGUUUGAGGACUUUGUGACGGCUCUGUCUAUUUUACUGAGAGGGACGGUCCAUGAAAAACUAAGGUGGACAUUUAAUUUGUAUGACAUCAAUAAGGACGGCUACAUAAACAAAGAGGAGAUGAUGGACAUAGUCAAAGCCAUCUAUGACAUGAUGGGGAAAUACACCUAUCCUGUGCUCAAAGAAGACACUCCCAGGCAGCAUGUGGAUGUCUUCUUCCAGAAAAUGGAUAAAAAUAAAGAUGGCAUCGUAACUUUAGAUGAAUUUCUUGAAUCCUGUCAAGAGGAUGACAACAUCAUGAGAUCUCUACAGCUGUUCCAAAACGUCAUGUAACUAAGGACUCUCGCCAUCCUGCCCUCAGACACACUGAGCAAACACCUGGAUGCCCUGAUCUGCCCUUAUUCUGACUUUACACACCAACUCUUGGGACAGAAAUACCUUUUACACUUUGGAAGACUUCUCUGCUGAAGACUUUCUACAAAACCUGGAGUCGUGUGGCUCAGUCUCUGAUUGCCAACUCUUUUCUCCUUCCUCCUCUUGAGAGAGACAGAUGAAACCUGAGUUUGUUUCAGAAGCAUGCCCAUCUCUUCAUGCUGCUUCCCUGUGGAAGGCCCCUCUGCUUGAGCUUAAACAGUAGUGCAUAAUUUUAUGCUUACAUGUCCCCAACUCACUGCCUCCAAGGCAGGCAGACCUUGAUGAAUCCGGAAGCCAGAGGACCUGAGCCAAAUGUCCACCAUCCUCUGAUGGCCUCCCAAGCCAAUGUGCCUGUUUCUCUUCCUCUGGGGGAAGAAAGAGUGUUCUAUAGAACAAUUAGAGUUUAUCGUGAUAAGAUUGGGAGAGGCAGCACCUAACACAUGUAGAAUAGGACUGAAUUAUUAAGCAUGGUGUCGUCAGAUGGCCCAAACUGCCCAUGUCUUUUGUUUCCAGAGGUAGGAACUAAUAAUUCUCCCACACUAGCAUCUGCACUCAUAGAGCAAGUCUCUUCACAUGUCCAGGAGGAGGACCACUGCCCCGUGGUCUAUCCCUCCUCUCCAUCCUCUGCUCAAGCCCGGCACUGCAUGUCCCUCCCAGAAAGUCCAGAAUGCCUGUGAAAUGCUGUACUUUUAUACCCUGUUCUAAUCAAUAAACAGAACUAUUUCGUACACUCUCAA